AUGGCAGAGUUGGCAUCAAUAUCGUCCCCUGACAAUGCUGGGGCUGGAGUAUUAGUAAUAGAAGCAGUUUCUGGGGCUGAAAUUGAUAGCCCGGAACCACUCGAAGAUGUGGUUGUUAGAUCCACGGAUGAUGAGGAGAUUUCCACAGGAGCGGUAACACUUGAUAAUGAAGAGCUCAUUGGCGGACUGGGGCCUACUGCUGAGGACCCCACAAGCUCAACUGACGACGAGGCGUUUGAUGGGGUAGGAAUAGACGGAGGUGGUGGCGAAAGUGGACCGGAAUUGCUAAGGGAGCUUGAGGGCGAAGCUGUUCGUAAAGGUAGAACUAACUCCGCGUCAUCUGAGUUAGAUGGAAAUAUCCCGCUAGAGGAUUGCAAUGGAAGGUCGGAUGUUGAUGUUCCUAUAUCGGGAAUGGAGGAAUUGACUGCAAUGCCAGGUGUUGCGGAGCUCGUAUUUUCCGUCGGUCCAGGAGCCAGGUUGAAUGCGUCGGAAGGACACGAACAGUUAUAUUUUAAGCAAGCAGAGGAAUUUGCACCUCUCCUCAACUUAAAGCUUGCAUCCAAGAAAACAAGUGCCGGGGCUGUACCAAUGGCGGGUUUUCCUUUCUACCAGCUUGACCGCUUUCUCAAAGUACUAGUCCAAGACUUGCAAAAGUAUGUUGCAAUCAGCGAAGAAUUUGCAAAUAUUACAGCAGUAACAACAAAGCCUGGGUUGAUGUUUGACCGAAGAGUAGCUAGGAUUGUUACACCUGGAACUCUGAUUGAUGAAAGAUUCAUGGAUCCUUCUGAAAAUAAUUUUUUACUUGCCUUACACAUAAAUACUCAUGACAGAGCAACAAAAGCAGAGUUUGUACCAGAAAAUGGAACUCUCCGCCUAAGGGGCAUGGAAGCUGUUGGGCUAUCCUGGCUAGAUCUAUCAACAGGAGAAUUUUUCACCCAACAUACCACCUACUCGAUGCUAGCAUCAGUGCUUGCAAGAAUCGAGGCUAAGGAGAUAAUCAUCGACAAAACACUCGAUACUCCCCUCAAGCAGGAAAUCCAAACAUUGAUUGGACAAAACCAUCGUUUACUUACGUACUUUUCUUGCCUAUCUGCCAUCAAGCCUAUUUCAGAGUGGGCCGAAUGCUUUUUAUCGCCCAUUUCAAGCGAUACAGCAGCGCAAUUUUCAGUGGAGGAGACGGUGGCCUGCCAUAUGUUAUUGGAAUAUGUGAAGGUUCAAAUGCAGGGCGUCGAGGUAAAGCUUCAAGGACCCCGCCGCAAGCAUUUGGAGAAGUCCAUGGUUAUUGAUCGAAACAGCCUAAAAGGGCUCGAAAUUCUAGAAACUUCCAGGGACAGCUUAGGAAAGGGAAGUUUAUUACAUGCAGUUAAUCGAACGUCAACUAAAAGCGGAGCCCGACUUCUGAAAGAAAGAUUGACUUCACCUUCGGCAUCCUUGCCUAUUAUUAACGAGCGCUUAGAUCUGGUAUCUGAACUUAUUAAUGAUACAAACUUGGCGGACAGUAUAGUUACUUUUCUUAAACGGAGCUACGAUGCGCAAAGGCUAGUACAAAAAUUUUCUUUGGGUCGUGGAGAUGCAGACGACCUUCUCUGUUUGUCAAGGGCCAUCGACGCAUCAAACAAUAUAAGACAUAUACUGCUAAAAAAAACAGAACCUGGCGGCACAACCAAAUUGAACCCCUCUCACGCAGAAGGGACUUUUCACGCAAUGGUUGAACGAUUUAAUAUGCGAGGCCCCGAAGAGCUGUCGAGGCGCAUCCUACAAGCUAUUGAUGAGGAAGCUCUCAUACAGAAGCAACGUAUCGAGGAAGAGGACGCGGCAAAUAUGGCGGCCCUCGCCAAUGAGGUAAUUUCAAAACAGGGCUCGCCAGAUGACCUUGCAGCCAUGCCAAAGAAAGUUCGGUCGCAAAAAUUCGACAAAGCCCCAGAUCUUAAAGAGCCGGAUAACAAUGAACAAAAUACAUGGAUUAUGCGACGGAAUGCAAGCCCUUCACUUGGGAACUUGCAUAAAUCACUAGAACUAUUGUAUGCGGAAAAGGCAGCACUGACACAAAAAUUACGGAAGGACGCAAAAGCUGCUGGUUUAUCGCUAAAAUGGACCCCUGGCUUGGGGCAUAUCGUACACGUUAAAGGAGCAAAGACCAUGGAGCAGUCAUUGGGAGUUCUGGGAAUAUCGAGGACCGUCUCCUCAUCGAAAUCAACUCGAUCGUUUUAUCUGCCCUCGUGGUCCGACCUAGGCGCUAAAAUUGACGAGACUAAGUUGAAAAUUCGUAUUGAAGAACAGUUAAUUUUUAAGGGAUUACGACAAGACGUCAUUCUCAACUUAAUUGCAUUGCGCCGAAAUGCAGCUGUCUUGGAUGAACUAGAUGUGGCAUGCUCGUUUUCAUUGCUAGCUCGCGAACAAAACAUGGUUAGACCGAUCGUACAUACAAAUAUCUCCCACAAAAUUGUAGGGGGAAGACAUCCGACUGUGGAACUUGGCCUUGACCAACAAGGACGACCCUUUGUGAAUAAUGAUUGUUUCCUUAGUGAGAAAGAGAGAAUAUGGCUCAUUACCGGGCCAAAUAUGGCCGGUAAAAGUACGUUUUUACGGCAGAACGCAUUGAUCGCCAUUCUUGCUCAGGUUGGCUCUUUUGUACCAGCUGAGUAUGCAGAAUUUGGGAUAGUGGACAAAAUUUUCAGCCGCAUCGGCGCUGCUGACGAUCUUUUUCGGGACCAGUCAACUUUCAUGGUGGAAAUGCUUGAGACGGCGGCAAUUUUAAAACAUGCGUCACCACAAUCAUUCGUGAUAAUGGACGAAGUCGGUCGAGGCACUGCACCUGAAGACGGCAUUGCCAUAGGAUUCGCAUGCUUGCAUCACUUACACGACGUCAUCAAGUGCCGCACCCUCUUUGCUACGCAUUUUCACUCAUUAGCAGAUAUGACGAUUGAUUUUCCGCACCUGGCACGUUAUUGCACAAGCGUGUUAGAAUAUUCAGAUGGGUCGUUCUCAUUCAUACACAAGGUAGGAGCAGGUGUGAAUCGGAAUUCACAUGCUCUGAGGGUUGCCAGUCUUGCGGGUGUCCCACAGAGUGUAGUCGAUGUAGCAAGAUCUGUUUUGGAUGAAAUAUCUUUGACACCUUCAAAACUCGAACAGAAAGGGCCGCAAAGUAACCAUGUUGCUCUCGCCAGAUUGUAA